AUGGAGUCACAGAACCUCACAGUGGUGACCGAAUUCAUCCUGCUGGGCAUCACAGAUCGUCCUGAGCUGCAGGUCCCACUCUUUGUGUUGUUCCUCUUCAUCUACCUGACCUCGCUGAUGGCCAACCUGGGCAUGAUCGUCCUCACCCGGGUGGACUCCAGACUGCAAACACCCAUGUACUUUUUCCUCAGGCAUCUGGCUCUCAUUGAUCUUGGUUACUCUACAGCUGUGGGACCUAAAAUGUUGGAAAAUUUUGUAGUAGAUCAGAAUACAAUCUCCUAUUGUGGCUGUGCUACACAGCUGGCUUUCUUUAUUGUGCUCAUUGCUUGUGAGCUUUUCAUCCUGUCUGCCAUGUCCUACGACCGCUAUGUGGCCAUCUGCAGCCCUCUGCUGUACACUGUCAUCAUGUCCCCAAGAGCAUGCUGGGUCCUGGUGGUGAUGCCUUAUCUCUACUGCACAUUUGUGUCUCUCCUAAUUACUGUAAAGAUUUUCACUUUGUCCUUCUGUGGACACAAUGUCAUCAGUCAUUUCUAUUGUGACAGUCUCCCCUUGUUAUCUCUUGCCUGCUCAGAUACACAUGAAGUUGAAGCGAUAAAUCUAAUCCUAGCAGCUUUAAAUUUGAUUUCCUCUCUUCUGAUGGUACUUGUAUCCUACCUGCUCAUCCUCAUAGCCAUUCUCAAGAUGAAGUCUGCAGAGGGCAGGCGCAAGGCCUUCUCCACCUGUGGGUCCCACCUGACUGUCGUCCUUGUGUUCUAUGGGACUUUGAUAUUUAUGUACGUGCAGCCCAAGCCUGGUCACUCCAACAACACUGACAAAGUGACUUCUGUAUUUUACACCAUGGUUAUCCCCAUGCUGAAUCCCUUGAUUUACAGCUUCAGAAAUAAAGAUGUAAAAUAUGCCCUGAAGAAAAUGAUUGAAGUUUCACAUGACCCAUAA